UAGAAAAAGUUAUCAAAAUGAAUAAAUAAAUUAUAUAUUCGAGUACGAUUCUUAGUAACGUUACUUGUCCCAUUUAAAUAUUCUCUGGUAACGAAGUGAUAUCGAUAAAACACAACUACGAUGGAGGAUCAGGAAAAGAUAACUGUUUUAUGCGUCGGACCGAAGGGUUCCGGUAAGACCACGUUGUUGAAGAGGCUUCAGGAGGAGGACGGUAUAGACUACACUUACAGCCCAGUUCCUACAAUAGGAACCAAUCUAUACGACAUUCACUACCUCAACAAAAAUGGCAAAAAACAGAUAUUGACUAUACGAGAGGUCGGCGGGGAGAUGGUGCAGCUGUGGUACAGUUAUCUGGACGGUAUUGAAAAGGUUAUUUUUGUAGUGGAUACUUCAAAUCUAUGCCAGAUAUCUUCAGCCGCGGUGAUGUUGUACACGCUGCUUGCAGAGCCUAAGCUACGACAGGCAAAGUUCAUUCUAGUUUUGAGCAAGAUGGACGCUGCAUACAGACAGAUGCGAAACGAAGCCCUGCUAAUGUUACAAUUUACGAGACUGUGCAGUGAACAGGCCAAUACUCUCAUUUUACUGGAAGCUUCACCGCUCACUGGAGUUGGCUUGGACAGUCUCCGACAAUUUUUGAUUGAGAAGAGAAAAUCAUCUUGUGUAAAAAAAUAA